AAUAGGCGCAGGAAGGAGAGGCAAACCUCCCGCCCGCCGGCUCCACAAACAGCCCCUCGCUGGUCCUCCAGCCUUCCAGCGAGAAGAAAGAAAGAGCGUCCCCGGAAGCAGCCGAAACUCUAGCGUAGAGCGGCACGCGCUUUUUGCCUUUCCGCGUCCUCUUCGGUGGCCGUCCUCUUCCUUGAAAGGGCGGUGGGUUCCACUUCCGCUCAGAAGGCCAGCGGGAGCCGCAGGAAGCCGUCGCGGGAAGUUCAGCAGCAUUGGGGUUGGUGCCUCUGAACUGCGCUGAUCCUGAGCUCUCAGACUCCCCAGUACCAUGACUCAAGCAGAAAUUAAGCUCUGUUCUUUGUUGCUGCAAGAGCAUUUUGGAGAGAUUGUAGAAAAAAUUGGAGUCCAUCUGAUAAGAACCGGCAGCCAGCCACUAAGAGUAAUUGCUCAUGACACAGGAACAUCACUGGAUCAGGUGAAAAAAGCCCUGUGUGUCCUCAUCCAGCAUAACCUGGUGAGUUACCAAGUGCACAAACGUGGUGUGGUGGAGUAUGAAGCCCAGUGCAGCCGGGUAUUGCGAAUGCUUAGAUAUCCCCGGUACAUCUAUACUACCAAAACUCUGUACAGUGACACUGGAGAACUGAUCGUUGAGGAGCUUCUGUUGAAUGGCAAACUGACAAUGUCAGCUGUUGUGAAGAAAGUGGCAGACCGGCUCACAGAGACCAUGGAGGAUGGCAAGACCAUGGACUAUGCUGAAGUAUCAAACACAUUUGUACGACUGGCAGACACACACUUUGUACAACGCUGCCCCUCAGUACCUACCACUGAGAAUUCAGACCCUGGGCCACCACCACCUGCCCCCACACUUGUCAUUAAUGAAAAGGACAUGUACCUGGUUCCUAAGCUGAGCUUGAUAGGAAAAGGUAAAAGGCGCAGAUCAUCUGAUGAAGAUGCUGCUGGGGAACCCAAGGCCAAGAGACCAAAACAUACUACAGAUAACAAGGAGCCCAUUCCAGAUGACGGGAUUUAUUGGCAGGCCAACCUUGACAGAUUCCACCAACACUUCCGUGAUCAAGCCAUUGUGAGUGCAGUUGCUAACAGGAUGGACCAGACGAGCAGCGAGAUUGUGCGAACCAUGCUCCGAAUGAGUGAGAUUACUACUUCCUCUAGUGCUCCCUUCACCCAGCCAUUGUCUUCCAAUGAGAUCUUCAGAUCCCUACCUGUUGGCUAUAACAUCUCUAAGCAAGUUCUUGAUCAGUAUCUCACUCUGCUGGCAGAUGAUCCUCUAGAGUUUGUUGGAAAGUCUGGCGACAGUGGUGGAGGAAUGUAUGUCAUCAACCUCCAUAAGGCAUUAGCAUCCCUAGCCACAGCCACUCUGGAGUCUGUCGUACAGGAGAGAUUUGGGUCUCGCUGUGCUAGAAUAUUCCGUCUAGUUUUGCAGAAGAAACACCUAGAGCAGAAGCAAGUGGAAGACUUUGCAAUGAUUCCUGCCAAGGAGGCAAAGGAUAUGCUAUAUAAGAUGCUCUCAGAAAAUUUCAUGUCACUCCAGGAAAUUCCCAAAACACCAGACCAUGCCCCAUCCAGGACCUUCUAUUUAUAUACUGUGAACAUCCUGUCAGCUGCCCGAAUGUUGUUGCACAGGUGCUAUAAGAGCAUAGCCAACUUGAUAGAAAGGAGGCAAUUUGAAACCAAAGAGAAUAAGCGUCUACUAGAAAAAUCUCAGAGGGUAGAAGCCAUCAUUGCAUCUAUGCAGGCUACAGGUGCAGAGGAAGCACAGUUACAAGAAAUAGAGGAGAUGAUCACAGCUCCUGAACGUCAGCAGCUAGAGACCCUGAAACGUAAUGUCAACAAGUUGGAUGCCAGUGAGAUCCAGGUGGACGAAACCAUCUUCCUGCUGGAGUCUUACCAUUGAUGCACCAUGAAGGAGACAGUGAUCCAGAAGCAUCUUCCUCAAAGAUCUGGGGGGGAUGGAAAGCAAAAUAAAGGAAGUACCUGGAUGCAUUAUUUGCAGUGG